GGGCCGGUUUGUUACCCGGAUGUAGAAGCCCAUGUGCGUUGCAGUGGAGCUCCUUGAAUUGCAGCAGGAGAACCUUCCUUGCGUUAUAUCACUCCUUUCUCUCCUCCAGCCGGGUGCUACGCUUCCAGUCCUUGUUAAAAAAUGUUCCGCUUGCCCAGUGUGAUGAGGCAGAUGAGGCCUGUGUGCAGGGCUCUGGCUCCACACCUCACUCGCUCCUAUGCCAAGGAGGUCAAGUUUGGAGCAGAUGCCCGGGCACUCAUGCUCCAGGGAGUGGACCUGUUGGCAGAUGCUGUUGCUGUCACUAUGGGACCAAAGGGUCGCACAGUUAUCAUCGAGCAGAGCUGGGGCAGCCCAAAAGUCACUAAAGAUGGAGUCACAGUUGCCAAAAGCAUUGACCUUAAAGACAAGUAUAAGAACAUCGGGGCCAGGCUGGUGCAGGAUGUAGCUAAUAACACAAAUGAGGAGGCAGGGGACGGCACCACCACCGCCACUGUACUGGCACGGGCUAUUGCCAAGGAGGGCUUCGACACCAUCAGCAAAGGUGCCAACCCCAUUGAGAUCCGCCGAGGAGUCAUGCUGGCUGUGGAAACGGUCAUCAACGAGCUCAAGAAGCUGUCCAAACCGGUCACUACACCUGAGGAAAUUGCUCAGGUGGCCACUAUUUCUGCCAAUGGAGACACUGAAGUGGGUAUGAUUAUCUCUAACGCCAUGAAGAAAGUUGGACGUAAAGGAGUGAUCACUGUGAAGGAUGGCAAAACUCUGCACGAUGAGCUGGAGAUCAUAGAAGGCAUGAAGUUUGACCGUGGCUACAUCUCACCCUACUUUAUCAACACUGCUAAAGGUCAGAAGUGUGAGUUCCAGGAUGCCUACCUGCUUCUGUGUGAAAAGAAGAUCUCCAGCGUCCAGAGCAUCGUGCCAGCCCUGGAACUCGCCAACCAGCACCGUAAACCCCUGGUCAUUGUGGCUGAGGAUGUAGACGGAGAGGCCCUCAGCACUCUUGUCCUCAACAGGUUGAAGGUUGGACUGCAGGUUGUGGCAGUGAAGGCCCCAGGCUUCGGAGACAACAGGAAGAACCAGCUGAAAGACAUGGCUAUUGCUACUGGAGGAACUGUGUUUGGCGACGAGGCUGUUGGCCUGGCUCUCGAGGAUGUACAGGUACAUGACUUUGGUCGCGUGGGUGAGUUGGUCGUGACCAAAGACGACACCAUGCUGCUGAAGGGCCGCGGCGACCCGGCCGCCAUCGAGAAGCGAGCUGCCGAGAUCGCCGAACAGCUGGAGAACACCACCAGCGACUACGAGAAGGAGAAACUCAACGAGCGCCUGGCCAAGCUCUCUGAUGGAGUGGCUGUGCUCAAGGUUGGUGGAACGAGUGACGUGGAGGUGAAUGAGAAGAAAGACAGAGUUACUGAUGCUCUAAACGCCACCAGGGCCGCUGUCGAAGAGGGCAUUGUUCCUGGAGGAGGUUGCGCUCUCCUGCGCUGCAUUCCCGCCCUGGACACUAUCAAACCCAUCAACGAGGACCAGAAGAUCGGUAUCGACAUCAUCCGCAGAGCACUGCGCAUCCCCGCCAUGACCAUUGCUAAGAACGCAGGAGUUGAGGGUUCUUUGGUGGUGGAAAAAAUACUGCAGAGCGGCAGUGAGAUCGGCUACGAUGCCCUUCAUGGCGAGUACGUCAACAUGGUGGAGAGAGGAAUCAUCGACCCUACAAAGGUGGUAAGGACAGCCCUGCUGGACGCUGCUGGUGUCGCAUCCCUGCUCUCGACGGCGGAAGCUGUGGUCACAGAGUUGCCCAAGGAGGAGAAGGAGGUUCCAGGGGGAAUGGGCGGCAUGGGUGGUAUGGGCGGCAUGGGUGGUAUGGGAUUCUAAACUCCACUACCACAUGUGCCAUACAGACUUUGAGGUAGGGAGGGUGAUGGCAUGGGACACAAAUUGACCCUUCCCUUGCACCCCCCUUUCCUACCUGGAAAGGUGUGUGACAAUGCAGAAGAAACGGAUAACCCCCGUCCCACAUUCUUCUAAAAAAUCAAGUCUGAUCUCGCCUCUCCACUCGGGGCUGAAGCUGACCUGACCUCAUUGCACAGAAGACAAGCACCAAGUGACCAGACUCGGCCUGUGGCAUCAGUUCAUACGCAACAUGCUCAGUUUAAUCAGUGGUUAAUAUAGUAGGCAGCAAGAAUUCUCUCAUCUGUCCUAUUUGUGCAUCGAAUGAAUAAUAUUAAGGAGUACUUGUUGCUAAAAGUUCUAAAAAAGCUUCAGUGUUGAGGAACUUGAGCCAGAUGUCAGCAAAUUCCUUUUUUUUGUCCAGUUUGUCUCUUUUUGUGUAUGUUACGUUUACACCUGUUCUAAACAUUCACUUGUCAGUCAAGAACAUUAAAAUGAUUUCACUGAUGA